AUGAAGUUCAAAGACCAAACCCUGUAUGCUCUAGCAAAAUCGAAACGACGAUCUUCUGAGUCCGUCAAGGCAGAACAGAGCCAUCCAUCGACUUGGAAGCCUCCCUGCAUUCGAUCCUUGAAGGAGUCUGAAGAUAUCCAGGCAAUUGCGUUCUUCUUCAAUAAUGUGGUACUCCCUGGCCGGGGUAAGGAGUCAACCAAAGGCCUUUUCGAAACGAUCUUACCACUCUAUACGAGAUGUGACCAGGAAUCACCGCUCUCCCACUCAAUUCUGGCGACUGCAGUGCUAAUACUGGCUGUUGGACGAGGUGAAUGUGCUGAUGCUUUGGUUCCAAGCAAGUACUUUGACGUCGCAUUGGCCAGCUUGCAGAUUGCUCUUCGGAGUCAAUCUCAAAACAAGCAAAAUGAGAUCCUCAUGGCGACUCUCCUUCUUCAGCUUCGAGAAGGGUUCGUCGCUAUUUCGCAAUCACGAGAAGUUAGCUCUGUCCACCACAGCGGUACAGUGUCUUUGGUUAAACACAGAGGACGCCGUAACUACGAAGACGAGGCGUCCAAAUACCUCCUCUUAGGGGUUUUGCACAAUGAGAUCAAUUCAGCAAUUCGCCAUGGGUACCAGGUUGAUGCGGAUCUGGUGGCGAAGUGUUGCCGGAAGAGUAUGCCAUUGAAUUCGAGCUUUGAGCUUGACAAACUUGGAGUCGGCGUUGCUGAACUCCAAGCUCGUUAUGAAGUCAUCAAGACGCAAGAACCGGCGUGUCUUAGCGGGCAGUGCAUUCGUCAGCGAGAUCUCACUGCUAUUCAUGAUCAGGCCUCAGCUCUGGAGAAAGACCUCCAGAUAUGGGCGAGAUCUGUCCCGUCACACUGGCUGCCUUUUAGGCUCAAUGACGUGAAGAGUUCGAUAUCAGCAUAUGGAAACUUCUGCGAGAUAUAUCCCACAAUUGAAAUCGCCUCAAUCUGGAACGCGUGGAGACGGUACCGUUUGAUUAUCCUGAAGGUCAUGAUUGCCUGUGACAUUGGAGCUCUGACUUGUAAUGUGUGUCCGAAUACGAUACCACCUGCUCGCGAGUCCGAGAGGGAAAGAACAAAGGAGAUGGUGCGCGAGUGCAUCAGUGCCGUCUCACACAGUGUCCCGUUCUUCUUAGGUAACCGGCAGGAUCCAUAUGAUCAUUUCUUCGUACCGUCUGACCUCGAAUUCCCUAGUUACCGUUGUCUGAGCGAGCAGGAUCUGGCAUCACUUCCCUUUUCGAGACAGUGCUCCGUUCUGACUCGUGAGGAGCACUCUCGACAUGUGCUGGCUCAAGGCGCAUGGCACAUUCUCAGCCAUCUCGGCCAUGUUUUAGUAAUAUUGAUGGACACUGUCGGACAGUCAAUGAAAUCAUACUUGGACUCAGAACAAAUCCACUGGAUUGAAGGACAGCUCAUUAGAGCAGCAUUCUUGUUUCGACCUGGUCCGAACAUGUCUCUUAGUGAUCCCAUAUGGGCCGAAGAUGGUCGCGUACAGCAUAUAUCUUUUCGUAUGCUUGCCCAGCGGCAUGCUUGUCUGGUAUGA